UCUUAAAUAUAUCUUUUGAAAGCAAUGUUCACUCAAGUUAUUCGUCAUAUUUAUCUCUUAUUACUGGAGUCCUUUACAUCGGUUUAGUAAAAAGUUUAUACUGCCGCUGGGACAUAGACAGGUCAACAGUCAACCCAAUCUUAAAUCCGGUGUGAACAAAUUCCAGCUGGCUCAACUUGCUCAACUUGCGUUGUUCUAAUCUUUUAUUAAGCGUCCAAUUAAAACUAGUGAAAAAAAAAAAAAAAGAACCCUUACCAGGAGGCACUAGCUGCAGUCCCUGUAUUGCAAAUUUGCAAUGGUUUGUUUGACUGCUAUUAGCAAUUAGGUUGAAGUUUUUCAUUUGCUUUCUCCUCUCAUAGCUUUCUGACUUUUGAGAUCGAAAAAGACUCAUGGAUUGGCUGAGUCCAAUACUGGACAUUGGAACUCGCUUGUGUGAUUGCAGUUCCAAGCAUAUGGCCUACAUCUACAAUCUUGAAGAAAAUCUUCAAAAAUUGCGAACGGAAAAGGACGCACUCAACCGCCGCAGCCAUGACGUACGACGCAGGGUGGAAGACGCUGUGCAACAACCACGAAUGAGGCGUUCGGAGGAAGUGGAACUGUGGCUGACAAGUGCAGAAACCAUGGAAAAUGAAGUAAAUGUAAUUAUUCAAGAAGGCGAUCGAGAACUGUCAAAUAAGUAUGUCGGAAGCUGCUGCCCUAAGAACCUAAAGUCGAGCUACAAGAUUGGGAAGCGAAUCAUUAAGAAGAUAGAUUCUGUGAUGGACCUAGUGCAUAAGGGUGAGCCUUUCUCUUCAGAGUCGGCCGUUGUGGUGAGGCUGCCACGUAUGCGGCUCCUGAUGCCUUUGUGGCCUGUGGAAAACACUGUUGGCGUUGACUCUACAGUUGAAAGGAUAUGGAAACUUAUUGAGGAUGAAAAUGUUAGAGUUAUUAGAUUAUGUGGAAUCGGAGGUGUUGGAAAAACGACCCUCUUGAAGAAAGUUAGCAAUGAAUUCCAUAGGCAGAGCCAUGAUUUUGAAGCUGUUAUUUGGGCCCAGGUCCCCAGACAAGAGGAAUAUAUAGAGAAAGUUCAAGAGGUGAUUAGGAAGAAAUUGGACAUCCCAGAUGCCACAUGGAAUCAGUGUUCAGGCGAGGACGAGAAGGGGGCUCAGAUAUCUAGUGUCUUGUAUGGUAUAAAGUUUGUGCUAUUGUUGGACAAUGUAUGGGAGCAGUUCGACCUUCUAAAACUGGGCAUCCACCUGUGGAAUGAUCAAAAUCAGUCCAAAGUAAUAUUUACAGCCCGCUCACUAGGGUUGUACUUUGACAUAGAAGCUCAAGUGACAAUCGAAGUUGAGUGUUUACCCCCUAAGGAAGCCCGGAGUUUAUUUAGGAGGACGGUUGGUGAAAGUAUACUAAGUAGGGAUCCAGAUCUCUCGGAGUUGGCAAAUACUUUUGCUAGAAGGUGUGGAGGGUUGCCACUUGCUCUCCUCACUGUUGCUGGAGCCAUGGCUUGUCGGAAAAAUCUUCGUGAAUGGCGUCACACAAUUGAGCUGUUACAUACCAACCCAUCAGAGAUUGCAGGUAUGGGGGCUUAUGUGUUUCCUCUUCUCAAGUAUAGCUAUGAUAACUUGAACGAAGCCACAGCUCAAAACUGUUUUUUGUAUUGUUCCAUAUUUCCAGAGGAUUAUAACAUUAGAAUAGAUGAACUUAUUGAUCUCUGGAUAGGAGAAGGUUUCCUAGAUGGACCCAAUCCAUACGAUCAGGGAGAAUUUAUGGUCGGGACAUUAAAGCUCGCGUAUUUACUUGAAAGUGAUGAAACUAAACAUUGUGUUCGGAUGCAUGAUGUAAUCCGUCACAUGGCUUUGUGGCUGGCCCGGGAUCAAGGAAAAAAGAAGAACAAGGUUUUGGUAGAAAAAAGUGGAAGGAUUACAGAUCAGGAACUCACAAAAUGGGAAGAGGCGAAUUGGAUUUCCUUGUUUGGCAGUAGUAGUAGAAAAGUGAACAUAGAUCGCUCACCAUCUUGCCAUUAUCUCUCAACUUUGCUCUUAAGAGAUGCACAGCUGGAAUCAUUUCCCAGUGGAUUCUUUGACUCUAUGCCUGCUUUGAAAGUUUUGGAUUUGUCAGGUAAUGGAAACUUAGUUGAGUUACCUUCCAAUAUUGGAAAUGUGACAACUUUGCAAUAUCUUAAUUUGUCAUUAACAAGCAUAGCAAGGUUGCCUACUGCCCUUAGAAAUUUGAGAAACCUCAGGUGUUUGCUAUUAGAUUAUACUAUGAAUCUUAAAUGGAUUCCAAAGGAGGUGAUAUCUAAUCUUUUACUCUUGCAAGUUUAUAGUAAAAUAAAUGGAGUUACGGAGUACUUUGGCUCAGUGGAAGUUAUGCCUUACGAUGAAAUUGCUUUUUUAGAAGUGUUGGAGUGUUUGAAUCACAUAAAUAAAAUAGGUAUCACUAUAUUUGGUGCCUCUUCUCUGGAAAAAAUAUUGAAAUCCUACACUUUACGGAGUUGCAUUAGAAAAUUAAUGUUCAUGGAAUGUAUCAGCUUGGUUUCGCCGUAUUUUACAGAAGACUUGAGCAAUCUAGAAAGACUUGAGAUGUUUCGUUGCAGUUCACUCAAGGAGUUCAGACUAUCAGAACAGUGUAAACUUGGCAACCUUAGUAAGGUAUACAUAGGAGUUUGCCCACUGUUGUUGAACCUUAAUUUUCUCGCAUCUGCUAGAAGCCUUGAGAUGCUUACAAUUCUUGACUGUGAGUUGCUGAAGGAAGUUACAAGUGAGAACGCAUUCCCUCGGCUGAAAACUAUUUCCUUGACUCGUCUGCAAAAUCUGAAAAGCAUCUGUCCAUCACCCAGGUGCUUUCCUUUUCUGUUGGAAAUUGAAGUAUCUAAGUGCCCAUGGUUGAGGCAGCUUCCAUUUGACUUGGAAGGCGCAAAUUUCUUACAGAAAAUUAGAGGAGAAACAGAGUGGUGGAAUGGUUUGAUUUGGGAUGAUGAAGCCAUUAAGGAUGCUUGUCGCUUGAAAUUUGUAUCCACCCCAUUCGAGCUCUUACAAGGAAAGAAAGAUCAGGCUUUCACCAAGAAAACUGAAAGCGGUGAAAUCAAAGGAAGGUUUGAAAUUUUCAAUGUAGAUCUACUUGACAUUGCAGUAACCCAGUCAGAAACUGCCAUGGAUGAUCAGUUAUAUUCAGAAGAUAUGGAUGAAAAUGACACAGACAAUCAGUUGAAUUUAGAAGAUGUGGAUGAGACUGACACGGACAAUCAGUGGAAUUUAGAAGAUAUGGAUGAGACUGACACGGACAAUCAGUUGAAUUUAGAAGAUACAAAUGUGAUUAAAGUUCUCGGCAAGAGUAAUGGUGGAAUUGUGCAAUUGGUACAACACAAAUUGACUCGCCAGUUUUUUGUAUUAAAGCAGAUCAUUCAAAUCAAUAUGGAGUCAACUUGCAAACAGAUUGCAGAGAAAUUGAAAACAAAUCAAUCCUCUCAGUGUCCAUAUGUUGUUUAUUAUCAGGCUUUCUGUAAUGAUGGUGCCAUUUCAAUCAUCUUGGAGUAUAUGGAUGGUGGAUCCCUAGCAGAUUUUCUGAAACAGGUUAAAUCCAUUCCUGAACCCUAUCUUGCUGCAAUAUGUAUGCAGGUGCUCAAGGGUUUGAUUUAUCUUCAUUUUGAAGCACAUAUUAUCCACCGGAACAUAAAGCCUUCCAAGUUGUUAAUAAAUCAUAGAGGGGAAGUCAAGAUCACCGACUUUGUGGUGAGUACAAGACUGACAAGCUCUUCAGGACGAGCAAACACUUUUGUUGGCACAUACGACUAUAUGUCUCCAGAGAGAAUUGUUGGAGGCAGUUAUGGCAUUAAGGCUGACAUUUGGAGCUUGGGGCUAGUGUUGCUUGAGUGUGCAACUGGUAAAUUCCCGUAUUCCCCACCAGAUCAGGCAGAAGUAUGGUCUAACUCUUAUGAGCUUAUGGAAUGUAUUGUUGAACAACCACCACCUUGUGCGCCUUCGGAUCAAUUUUCUCCUGAGUUUUGCUCAUUUAUUUCUGCAUGCCUGCAGAAAGACCCAAAGGAAAGGAAGUAUGUCCAUGAACUAUUGGCACUGCCUUUCUUGACCAUGUACGAUGAUGUGGAUGUGGACCUCUCAUCCUACUUCAGCAGUGCAGGAUCACCACAUGCAACCCUUUAGAACUUAUUUGUUCAGACUGAACAAAUAACAUGUCAGACUAAAAAAAUUGGAGGAUCUAAAGUUGUAGACGUGUGAAAGAUUUAUAGUUGUCAUUGUGACUGAAGUGAGGAACUUAUUUGAGCUUCUGUUCUAUGACUGAGGCCCAGAGCUUUUGAAGCAUUCAAGGAUUCUCAAAAAAUGUUGGUAGUGACAGGGGACUCGGAUUGCAAGGAUCAGCUUGCCCGUGUGUUAAUUGUUUCAUUAUCAGAUAGUAAUGCUUGUCAUAUUUCAUCAAGAACAAAAAAUAAUUGUAUAAACUUGCUGGAAAAGGACUUGUACCGGACUAGAGAAUGGAAAAUGACCAAAAUUUGGCUUGCCUA